UGUGCACAGCGCUCACGCACGCGCAGUUACGUGCACGUACGUGCACAUCGCUAACCGCGCUGUGCCGUUAUCCCAGUAUUUGUGGGAGCGGCCGAGCUGACCCCGCGACCCGGGAUGUCCGAGCUGCCCGCGGACAAAGGUGUCCCACCGGCGGGCGCAAUAAAUGACAACGGCGACGUCCGGCAGGCGGAGGUAGGCGGCAGGAGGCCGGAGCCGGCCCCCGCGCAGCCUGUGGAGGCCAGGGACCGUCCGAUGGCGGCGGCCGGAGAAGGUCCAAUGGCUUCACCCGGGGAAGGUCCGGGGCCGGAGGCCAGGGAAGGUCCGAUGGCGGCGUCCAGAGAAGGCCUGGGGGCAGCGGCCAGGGAGGCCCGGAUGGCAGAGGUCGCCCGAUUGUUGGCGGAGCCAGCGGAGGAAGAGGGUCCCGAGGACAGACCCCGGUCCAGGCCCGGGAACGGCCCAGGCCUUGCUGCGUUGCCAUAUCUCCGCCUCCGUCACCCACUUGGCGUUUUAGGAAUUAAUUACCAGCAGUUCCUCCGCCACUAUCUGGAACACUACCCGAUUGCUCCUGGCCGAAUCCAGGAGCUUGAAGGACGCCGCAGGAGAUUUGUGGAAGCCUGCAGAGCCAGGGAAGCGGCGUUUGACGCCGAGUAUCAGCGGAAUCCUCAGAGGAUGGAUUUUGAUAUUUUAACAUUUAGUAUAACUCUGACUGCAUCUGAAAUUAUCAAUCCUCUGAUAGAGGAACUUGGUUGUGAUAAGUAUAUCAGUAGAGAAUAGUUUAAUGAUGCAACUACUUUCAGAACCUCUGCCUUCAAGACAGUAUUAUAUACCACUCCUGUAACUUGAUUUUACAAAUCAAAGUACGUGAGAAUAAGGCAAAGCACAGUUGGGGAAAAAAAGGAAGCUUAUCAAGAAAAACUCAGAAGAAAUGGAAAAAAGGUCAAAACCUUAUGACUCUUCUGACGUCCUUUGAGUUUGUGAUUGACCUAGAUUCUUUUCCCAGCAUUGUGGAAAUGGCUUUUCAAAUUGCUUCACUGAAGUGAAGAAUGGUUUUCUACAAGUCCAUUUGCGGGUCUGGCCAAGUUAGAGCUGAGAGUCGGAGAGGAGAGAGCUCGGCUUCUUUCAAAAGGGGUGAACUCUGAUACCUUGAGAUGACUGGCGUGAAAAGCGGGAUAAUCUUCUUCUUGGCGAAGGGCUCUGCGUCUGUGGGUUUAAUAGCCAUAGGGUCUGUGGUGUGGCCCGCUGCACUAGUAGUGGUCGCUGGGAUGGCCCUUUAACUCCUGGAAGAGGAGCACUGAAACAUCAUGCCCUAAGAGGUCCUAGGUUGACCACAGGUAAAAAUGAACAAGAACCCUAAAAUGUAUUGAAAGGAAUCCUCUCCCAGCCCCCUGCAGACUGGAGGAUCCACCUUCCUGGAGUCAGGAAUCCUUUGAAGCAACAUUUUAUCUUUGGGGUUUGAACAAAAUAAUUUGUGGGCAUAAAAAUAAAUUUGUUGAACACACAC